CUCUCUCUCUCUCUCUCUCUCUCUCUCUCUCUCUCUCCGUCCGGGAGACUACCGACAGGGAGCCAUGGACGAUCCCGACCACCACCAACUCCACCAAGCCGAUUCUCUUUCUGGUUUAUCCAUACUCAGCACCGACGAUUCCAGAACCUCCUCCAGUUCCGGCGAGAUUCCUGCUUCUAUUCGCACCGAGCCGAUGAAGGUGUCGGAAGCAGGGAGGAGGAAGUGCGUGGGGAGGAACAAUAGAAGCGGACUGCACUGGGGGCUCACUUCGGUUAUUGGACGGCGGAUGGAGAUGGAGGACGCUAUCGCGGUGAAGCCGGGAUUAAUGUCUUCAAGAUGCAACCACGUCGGAGGUUGUACGGCUCCAGAUUCCAGAACCUCGGGUGAGAUCUCGCCCGUUCAUUUCUUCGCCGUGUACGAUGGUCACGGCGGCUCUCAGGUGGCCAAAUUCUGUGCGGAGCGGAUGCAUGAAGUGAUAGCAGAAGAGUGGGGAAGAGAAGGGAUCAACGGCCAUGAUUGGCAGAAGAGAUGGGAAGUAGCCUUCUCUAAUGGCUUCCAGAGGACUGAUAAUGAGGUUGUUUCAGAGGCGGUUGCGACCGACAUGAUCGGAUCCACGGCCGUUGUACUCCUUCUAUCUGGCUGCCAGAUUAUCGUUUCCAAUUGCGGCGACUCUCGGGCGGUUCUUUUCCAGCGGAAUAAAGCGAUUCCAUUAACAGUCGAUCAAAAGCCUGAUAGAAAGGAUGAACUGAUGAGAAUUGAGAGAGAUGGAGGCAAAGUCAUAAACUGGAUGGGCGCUAGAGUGCUUGGAGUUCUUGCCAUGUCAAGAGCCAUAGGGGAUCGAUAUCUUCGGCCGUGGAUAAUUCCAGUCCCGGAAGUUAGUUUCACCACCAGGAGUGAUGAGGAUGAAUGUGUGAUUCUGGCAAGCGACGGGCUCUGGGAUGUAAUGACGAAUGAAGAGGUUGGGCAGGUGGCUUGCCAUCUUCUCAGGCGGCACCGCAGGUCGUCGACAACCGAUAACACACCUCCGGCGCAAAUUGUUGCUAAUAAUCUCACUGAAAUGGCAUACGGAAGAAACAGUUCUGAUAACAUUUCUGUCAUUGUCAUCGAUCUGAAAGCCAGGAAAGGACACCCACAGAGGCAGUGAUAGAACAAGUUGGACAUUCAUAUUGUUCUUCUAAAAUCUUGAUGUCUGGAAGGGAAGAUUCUAAUAGCUCCACCCUGUUCUCUUCCAUAACUGAUAGAUAGCAAACCAUCUUUGUUUUGGUCACUGUUCUCACCACACUGCAUCAAAAACAUGUACAGAACCCACUAACAAAAAUGGAAAAUCUGCUUUACUUGGG